AUGACCUACAUAUAUCGUUAUCGCUUCAAUCAGCUUCCUGCAAUUGCAAGCAAUGCAUUUGUGGUGAAUGCAGCCCUGUCUGAUCUUCUCAUCAGUGGUCUUCUAGUGCCAUCCUCGGCAGUGGUCCUCUUGGCAGGAGCAGACGAUUCCAUAGCAUUAUGCAGAUUUCAGUGGUUUCUGGCUUCUACAAGUUUUUUGGUGACCGCAUUUACCAUGGCCCUUAUAGCAGGAGAAAACCUAUCCCGCGUUUAUCCUGAUCGACCAUCCAACAAAGUCUUCCUGACACCAGCAAGGUGCGCCUGCUCGAUAGCCCUGGUUUGGUUAGUUUGCGUCAUGGUCUGCUCGGUGCCUCAAAUCAUGAAGAAUCAGGAAGCUGAAGACUUAAUUAUAUUAAAAGGCAAAUCAAUUACAAGAGAAACUAUGAACGAUGGAUUUCCUGGCUUAGAUUAUUGUGCCAGGAGAUUUAGGAAACUGGGAAGACAGCUGGAUGAUACGGAUGAAACGCGGGCGGGGCCUAUAGCUUUAUUGGUGACAGUAUGCGUCCCAUGUAGUAUUGCACUUCUCCUGCACAUUUGGGCGCGCCAUAGAGUCUCCAAGGAGCAGCAGCGCGCCUGCUCCCGAAGUUCUGAGCACAAAAGUCCGGAGGAAUAA